AUGGACAGCGCAACCGAGAAUGCUGCUCCACAGGCCGAGGUAAGAGCGGUCGAAGACAAUAGCCCCGAACGGGGAAGCUCGGAAGCGCCCAUAAUGGUUGAGGAUGAUGAGCCUGAAGCUGAAGAAGGCGCGGCUAACAACAAUGAUUCGGAGCCCCAGGGCCCAGGGAGCGGGAGUGACGAUCCCGAGGAGGAAGCUGAGGUCGACGGGCGCAGGAACGAUGAUUACCAGGUUGAGCAGAGCCGCGUAUCAUCCCAACAGCAAGAUCCCGAGGGCGCCUGUCCGAACAAGCAAUGUGCAAACAUCCAGCAGAUGCUCCUUGAGCGAAUCGCCGAACUAGAGAGGCAGCGAGCCGAAAAGGACGCUGCGCACAGCGUUGAGAUCCGCGAGCUGAAGAGAAAGCUCAGAAAGAGCCCAGAGCCUAUCAGCGAGAGUGAUAAGCUGAUCAAAGACCAGAGGGCGCAGAUUGAUGAGCAGAAGAAGACCAUCAAGAAACAGGAGAGAGACCACCUGAGGAAGGACAACAUCAUUAAACAGCAAGAAAAGGAUAUUUUGAAGAAGUCAAAGAGAAUCGAGGCUCUCAUAGAGAGACUUGGUAGAAAACCUGGUGUCAAGAACCUAAAAACUCGGAUCGUGAGUCUAUGA